AUCCAACAUCUAUUUUUAUGCGAAAAAUACAUAAAGAGGUCAGGCUUGUCUAACUGACGUCAGUGAGAUAUCACUCAGUCACCAGUCGUCCGUUAUUUUUUCAUUGGUGGUCAGCGUGACAUCAUUAAAUACCGGAGAGGAAUACCGGGAGACCUCAGAGGUUUUGAUUUAGCGAUGAGGAUUUCCUGUCGGAUGCGGCAAACCGGCAUCAUAAUCUGCAGAUAUUGUAACUGAGAGCUUGGGGUGGUUCUGGAAGGACUCUAUCUGUAAAUUAAAGCCAUGGGGAAGGAUUACUAUAAGACCCUUGGCAUACCUGCAGGCUCUAAUGAGGAUGAAAUCAAAAAAGCCUACAGGAGGAUGGCCCUAAAGUUUCAUCCAGACAAAAACAAGGAUCCUAAUGCUGAAGAGAAGUUUAAGGAGAUAGCAGAGGCUUAUGAAGUUCUGAGUGACCCAAAGAAGAGAGUGAUCUAUGACCAGUACGGCGAGGAUGGUUUGAAAACAGGUGGCACAGGCUCAUCUAGUGGACAAGGGACUACAUAUCACUACACCUUCCAUGGUGAUCCACAUGCCACCUUUGCUUCUUUCUUUGGAGGCUCCAACCCCUUUGAUAUAUUCUUUGGCUCUGGACGCCAGCGAGGAACCACUAAUGGCUUUGCAGACCAUGGUGACCAUGACAAGGACAUUGAAAUGGAUGGAGAUGAUGAUCCUUUCAGUUCCUUCAGCCACUUUGGCUUCAAUGGUAUCAACGGUUUUCAUCAUGGUGGAGGUCGAAGACAUCGUAAUGAGCCCCUUCAUGGCGGCCGGAGGAAAGUACAGGACCCUCCGGUAGUACAUGAGCUUAGAGUGUCUCUAGAAGAGAUCUUCCACGGAUGUACCAAGCGAAUGCGAAUCACUCGCAGACGACUGAACCCAGAUGGAAGGACAAUGAGGACAGAGGACAAAAUCCUUAACAUUGUCAUCAAGAGAGGCUGGAAGGAAGGGACCAAGAUCACCUUCCCCAAAGAGGGUGAUGAGACACCUGAGAACAUUCCUGCUGAUAUUGCAUUUGUGCUCAAGGACAAAGGGCACCCACUCUUCAAAAGAGAUGGCUCCAAUAUCAUUUACACAGCCAAGAUUGGUCUUAAGGAGGCUUUGUGUGGCUGCACAGUGAACAUUCCCACCAUUGAAAACCGAGCCAUCACAUUGCCCUGCAACGAUAUCAUCAAACCAGGCACAAUCAAGAGACUGCGUGGAGAAGGCCUACCUUUCCCAAAAAAUCCAUCCCAACGCGGCGAUUUGAUAGUGGAGUUCCAGGUGCGCUUCCCAGACAGAAUACCACCCCAGUCCAGAGAGAUCAUCAAACAGCACCUACCACAGUCCUAGAGGAAGUUCAGUGGAUUCCCUUCAUGCUUACGUUUUUCAAACACACGUUUUCCUUAGAAAUACAGACACUGAAUCAAAGAGGGACAAAUAUGUCGCAAGGACCAGAGGCUCAUUUGAUAUUUUGUUACAGUUUUAAUUAACUUAUUAUAA